AAUAAUAAUAAUUCUUCUUCUUCUCAUUUGAUUUUAAAUUAUGCUUUGGAAUUUAAUAAUUAUCCUUUUACUUCAAGUUCUUGGGAUGAUAAAGUUUCUGGAUUAAAUUUUGAUCAAUUCGUUUCUACUGGUCAAAAAAAUCCCGCUCCUGCUGAAAAAGGUUCUUUUGUUUGGUUGGCUUUUGCUGCUGGUAGUUUGGUUCUUAAAAUUCGUGAAUUGAUUCAGAAUGCGGAAACAAUCGAUAUUUUGGUUAUAUUGGCAGGUUGGAUAUUGAUGCAUCUUACAUUCGUGGCUCAUUUCAUUAAUAUGCAAAAAAUUGGUUCUCGAUUCCUUGCAAUGUGUGUUUUGGCAAAUGGUUUCUUUGCUUUCAUGUCGGCUUUAUUAACAAUUAAUUUAUUCGGUGUAACUGUAAGUCCAAUCUUAUUAAGUGAAGCGAUCCCUUUCUUGAUAAUAACUGUCGGAUUUGAAAAACCUUUUGUUUUAACAAAAGCUAUUUUUAAAGCAAAAAAUUUUCCUGUUGAUAAGAAUGAAAAGAAAUCAUCUGAAGGUGUCAUUAUUAUGGGUGUUACACAGAAAGCUCCUUUAAUAGUACGAAAUUAUUUUAUUGAAAUUGGUGUCUUAUUUAUUGGUGCUAUGUCUGGUGUGAAUGGAUUACAAGAAUUUUGUUUCUUGGCAGCUUUCAUAUUACUUUAUGAUUGUUUAUUCCUUUUCACUUUUUAUACUGCCAUUUUAACACUCAAACUUGAGUUGGAUGAAUUAAAAAAUAAUCCUAAUAAUGAUAUUCAUAAUAUUUUUAAUGCACUUCGUGAUAAUCCUGUUGAAAUUGAAGAUGCAAAAAAAGAUAAUCCAAUGAUCGCGAGACUUAAACUUUUAAUCAUUGCCGGUUUCCUUAUCAUGCAUGUGAUGAAUUUUUGUACAACUUUACACACAAGUGAUCAUGCUGUUUCAACAACUACUUCCAAAGUAAAUGUUCAUAAUACUGAAAUUACUCAAAUAUUAAAUAAUUUACUUGAUAAUCAUCAUAAUGGAUCUCAAUCUAAUUUACCACUUAUUGUUGAUAUAUCUUCACCAAUAAUCUUUAGAGUAGUUAAAAGUAUUAAUACAAAUCCUAUCCUUGUACAAGCUUUUUAUAAGAGUUUUGAUAUUUUAUUUAAUUUAUGGUCUUUUUAUGUUCAAGAUCCUGUUCUUUCAAAAUGGAUAUCUUUAGGUUUGAUAGUUUCUAUAUUCUUGAACGUUUACCUUUUAAAUGCUCAUAAACAACCAAAAUCUAUUUUGGAACGUGUUGGUAUAGAAUCAAAAAUAUUAUCUAAUGAAGAUGAAACUCUUGUCCCAAAAAUUAAUAAUAAUGUUCUACCUCAAAAAGAAUCUUCUGAUAUCAUAAAAGAAGUUGAAAUUGAAAAACAAUCAAUUAAUAAUAAAGAAUCAACUGAAUCAAUAACUGAAUCAAUAACUGAAUCAAUAACUGAAAAAAUUACCCCAAUUAAGACUAUUAAUGAGAAAGAAAUUAAGAAUAUUAUUAUUAAGGAUGAGAAAGAAAUUAGAUCCAUUGAAACAUGUUCUGAAAUACUUAAAUCAACCAAAUCAGAUGAAGGUCCUUCAGCUUUAACAGAUGAAGAAAUCAUUCUUUUGGUUAAUAAUGGAAAAAUUGCUCCUUAUGCAUUGGAAAAAGUUCUUGGAAAUAUGGAAAGAGCCGUAAAAAUAAGAAGGGCUUUGAUAUCACGUGCUUCCAUCACAAAAACUUUGGAAACCUCAGCAUUACCAAUGGAAAAUUAUGAUUAUUCAAAAGUAAUGGGAACUUGUUGUGAAAAUGUUAUUGGAUAUAUGCAGAUUCCAGUUGGUGUUGCAGGUCCUUUAAAUAUUGAUGGUGAAUUAAUUCAUAUUCCAAUGGCUACAACUGAAGGUUGUUUGGUGGCUUCUACAGCACGUGGAUGUAAAGCAAUUAAUGCAGGUGGUGGUGCAACUACUGUUAUUACAAAAGAUGGAAUGACACGUGGUCCUUGUGUUGAAUUUCCAAAUAUUAAGAGAGCAAAUGAAGCUAAAACUUGGUUAGAUAAUGAAGGAAAUUCUAUUAUUAAACAAGCAUUUGAUUCAACUUCAAGAUUUGCAAAAUUAAAAAAUAUUAAAGCUACUUUAGCAGGAAAAUUACUUUUUAUUAGAUUUUCAACAACUACAGGUGAUGCUAUGGGAAUGAAUAUGAUAUCAAAAGGAUGUGAAAAAUCAUUAUCCAUUAUGUCAGAAUAUUUUCAUGAUAUGCAAAUCAUAUCAUUAUCAGGAAAUUAUUGUACUGAUAAAAAAUCUGCUGCUAUAAAUUGGAUUGAAGGUCGUGGUAAAUCCGUUGUAGCAGAAUCAAUUAUACCCGGUGAUGUUGUACAAAAAGUUCUUAAAACAAGUGUUGAAUCAUUAGUUGAAUUAAAUAUUUCGAAAAAUUUCAUAGGUUCUGCUAUGGCAGGUUCCCUUGGUGGUUUUAAUGCUCAUGCUGCUAAUAUUUUAACCGCUAUUUAUAUAGCUACUGGUCAAGAUCCCGCUCAAAAUGUUGAAAGUUCAAGUUGUAUAACUAUAAUGAAAGCUGUUAAUGAUGGAAAAGAUUUACAUUUAACAUGUACUAUGCCAUCAAUUGAAGUAGGAACAAUAGGAGGAGGAACAAUAUUAGAUGCACAAGGUUCAAUGUUAGAAAUGUUAGGAGUACGUGGAGCUCACCCAAAAACUCCUGGAACAAAUGCACAAAAAUUAGCUAGAAUAAUUUGUGCAGCUGUUAUGGCAGGAGAAUUAAGUUUAUGUGCCGCUUUAGCUGCGGGUCAUUUGGUUAAAUCUCAUAUGCAACAUAAUAGAGCAAAUCAUAAAGAACAUCGAGUAAAUCAACAUAGCCAAUUUCAUCCCGUACAAAUGCCUCAUCAUAAUAUUAAUGGUCAUCAUUCACAUAAUCAUAGUCAUAGUAGUCAUAGUAGUCAUAAUAAUCAUCAUCUUCAUAAUCAUCAUAAAAAUCAUAAUAAUAAUGAGAAUCAUAAUAAUAAUGAGGAUCAUAAUAAUAAUGAGAUUCAUAAUAAUAACGAGAAUCAUAACACAACAACAACAUCAUCAUCAUUAUCAACGAUAACUUCAUCAUGUACAUCUGAAGCUUCAAUACCGGGAUCAUGUAUUAAAUCAUAAAAAUAUUUAUUUUGUAUUUUAGUUUGUUUUAUUUAAAAAAAAAAAAUAUUA